AUGGCAGAACUUCUUUCGCAUGUCACCUCAGUCUCAUCUCGGCUGCGUUCUGUUGAUAAAAUAUCUGAUGACAGAUAUGACUGUCAACUUCGAGAUCUCGUUACGUAUAUCAAGCAGUCUGAUAAGAAUUUUGACAGCGAAUAUCUACUUAAUAAUCUCAACCCAUCACAUCACACACUGUCCUACUUGUUGAUGCUCAAUUUCAAAAUUAAGUACUUGCAAAAUAAAAGAAGGACCGUGUUGCCUGAAGAACUCAAACCUGGGAACGAUUUGUGGGUCAAGGCUGUCCUUUUCUUCAGGACCUUUGAUCCUAUUCAAGUCCGCUAUGCUGGGGGCGAGUGGCGCCAACUUAUUGAGAUCAUAGGGCAAGCAGCAGAAGCUACUGCAAAGCCGUUCCUAGCGGUUCAAGUGAUCAGGGAUGCCAUGCUUCGACUGGAUCCCUCAUCUGGAAUCCUCACAUCCGUGCAUAUUAUUUUUCUCAGACUUUCACUGUUGUCAAGGUCUUACAGCUAUGCUUUACCGGUCAUAGGGAAACCAGUAAUCUGGUUUCCCACCGGCUCAGUGCAGGCUUAUAAGAAAUAUAUCGAGCAGCCAUUAUGUUCUGAACUUGUUUCGAUGGAUUCAUUGUUGUCUGAUUCAUUUGGCUUUUCUGCAAAGUUGACAUACAGAGAUCACACGCAAUAUUUUCUCUAUGGUGCAAUGGUGUAUAUGGCCCUUAAAGAAUGGGAUAAAUCCCUGCACUGGUUGAGUAUCGUGAUCUCAUCUCCCGUCAAUGAUUCCGUCAGCAAGAUUAUGGUUGAAGCAUAUAAGAAGUGGGUGCUAGUCAGCUUGUUGGGACAUGGGAAGCUGGUCACUGCCCCUAAGAUAAUCUCUUCACAUGUUUUGAAGGUCUUUCAGUCAUUGGCAAAGCCUUACCUUUCCUUAUCCGAAGCAUUUGAGAGAAACGAUCUUCAAAGGCUGAGAUUAGAGGCGGAUGUUGGCCAGUCUAUUUGGCGUCAUGAUAAUAAUGAGGGCCUUGUUUCUCAGCUGUUCCACGCCCACAAAUCCUUUCUGUUUCUCAAGCUUGGGAGGACAUUUUCGGCUCUCACUGCAGCAGAUGUGGCACAGCAGGCGUUUACGCCUCUCGACUCUUCGUCGAAAAUCGAGGAAUUUGUAGCAGCUCUUGUAAUGUCCGGGUCUCUAAGGGCCACUUUGGUUCAUCUACAUGGCCGUGGAAAUGGCACAAUGCUUCACUUUUCUCGGCUGCCGGAGCCUUACAUCACCAGAGAGAGAUGUAUGCGAACACAAUUAGCCAAAGAGGGCCGAGCGCUGGAAAUUAUUACAAAUGGCGCCGAUCAAUGUAGCAAUGAGUUGAUGAUGGGCAAUGAAAAUCUCCAGCUUGUAUCAAAAAAUCAGAAGUGGCCGGAUACUCUGGGAAAGGAUGGUUGUAACAUCAUCGGUGAAGCUGAUGGAGGUGGGUAUGAAAUUGAUGAAGACAUCAUGGGAGAUAAUAGCAAAUAGUGAAACUCUUAUACAUUGUUUGCCAUCUUUAAUAUGGCUCUAUGGAUCAGAACCCUCUCUCCAGCUCCAUUUGUCUCCUAAUUUUACAGCCUUUUGUUGGAUUUAUUUCUUCCCCCCAGCCCCAGGAACCCAGUUUAUUUAGUUGACAUAGAACAUUGGAAAU